CAUCUUUAUCGAUCUCACGCUUGGUGAAGAGAUAACUCAUGGAACUAUCCCAGCAAGUUCUGUUAUUGAUCUCACACUUGAUAGUACAAUUCAACCAAGCACAGAAAAGAGAAAACGUGGUCGUCCUAGGAAAACAACUGGACAAUCUUUAGUAGUAUCUG